GGAGAGUGAAAAAGAGAAGAGACAGAGAGAGGAAAGGAGAGACGCAGCUACAAAACCAGGGAAUUUUGCCGGUGAGUGAGAAGUUUCCUCUGCUUGCUCGGGUCGGUCUCGUGUCUGGAUCAGGUGCUCAGGACGGCAGCGGCGCUCCGGGGCACAGGGGACGCCGGGGGAACACUUUAAAGUGAAGCAGACAACAGGAUGAGCGUGUGAGCCGUCUGUCCCUCCGUCUCUCCGUCUGUCGAUCCGUCAUGAAGUCCAACCCCACGCCGUCCCACCAGCUCCGACACACACCCUGACCGAGACACCCAGCGGAGCCUCAGCACCGACGCGUCCACGAGAGGAAGCUGUGUGUAACACUCACGGACAAACCAUGGACUCUUCAAACCAACCACCACACCUGGGCGUCCACAAUGUUCCCUGCUAGUCUUCUGGUUCUGAUGACCCUGCUGCUACCUCCAGCCUUGUCAGGUCACCAGGGGGAUUCCGGUUACUCUGAUGGGAACCCAGGAAUAUCUCUACAGCCCAGUUUGGCCCAGAUCAUCCAGAAUGUCCUCUUGACCCGACUGGGCCUACAGUCUUAUCCUAACCCUCGCCAAGGAGCAGUGGUACCUCAGUAUCUCUUGGACCUCUAUCGCUUCCAUACUCAGCAGUACCACCUAGUAGAAGAUCCAGAGUUCAGCUUCCCUGUGGAGCAUGUACAAGGUGCCAACACAGUCCGCAGUUUCCACCAUGCAGUGUCUUCAGACCUUCACGACCCUGUUGGGAGGAGUGACAGGAUCCAUAUAGCAUUUAACCUGUCCUCUUUACCUCCCUACGAGAAUGUGGUCUCAGCAGAGCUGCGCUUUCUGCGUGGAGGAGCACGCCGGGCUUCAAAUCCUCACAUCGUCAGCCUGUAUGUCUCUGGUGGCGACUCUGAGCCCAAACUUCUGCAUUCACGGCAGCUAGUUAGAGAGUCCUCGGGGUCUUGGGAGGCCUUUUCUUUGAAUGCAAAACUGUUUCAGCAGUUAGAGACAAUGACCUUUAUCUUGGAAGUGAGCGCAGAGAAUAGCAGUCACACUGUGGAGGACAUGGACUCAGAGGGACACUUGAGAGUGCGCCGGUCUGCAGGUGAAGACGACUACAGCUGGGCACGGCAGAGACCGCUACUGGUCACUUACAGUCAUGACGGACGCAGUGAACCACUCGUUCCAUUUGGAAAGAAGAAAAACCCCAGGGGUAGGAGGGGAGGUAACAGGGCUAAAAAGCUCAAAGGCCAGGGGUCGCAGGUAAGCUGGCGUGACAUCUGGACAGACAAACGGGUAAAGAGAAAUAACGGAGGUCGAGCAGCAAAGCUGAAACGCCUGUCCCGCUCUCGAUGCCGCCGCCAUCCCCUCUACGUGGACUUCACGGAGGUUGGGUGGAAGAAAUGGAUAGUAGCACCAUCAGGUUACGAUGCCUUCUUCUGCCUGGGCGAGUGCCGAUUUCCUCUCAGUGACCACAUGAACUCGUCCAGCCACGCCAUGGUGCAGACCCUGCUGAACUCGGUUAACGGAGCUGUGCCUCGAGCCUGCUGUGUGCCCACAGCCCUCAGUCCCAUCGCACUUCUGUAUCUGGACCAGGAAGACCGUGUGGUCCUGAAAAACUACCAGGAUAUGGUGGUGGAGGGCUGCGGCUGCCGGUAGCAAGGGACAGACAAAAAGGCAAAAAGCAUGAAAACCAGGAAGAGCAAGCAGAUGGAAAAGAAGUAUCACAUUCUACAGGUCCUUAAAGGAACCAAAACCUCUAGAUCCAAGCUUCAAGUUUCUGUCCAGCUGUGGUACAUUUCUUUGUUCACAGAGCAGCGCAAGUCUGAUUUAUUUCUUAUAUCCCACUUUUACAUUCUGGGGGCUGAAUAUAUGUUCGUGCAUCCACGAUGCAUCAAAGCUCAUUUUACAAAGCUGUAGCUAAUCACUAAUUGAGUCACUCAUUAAUACAUGAGCAGAAUGUGCCAUCAGGUCCACGUCUGCAUGUCCAAAAAGUCCAUGUUUAUAUAAAGACAUGCAUUUUUUUUAUUAUCCCACACUGCUCUUGUGUCUUGCCUUGCUUUUAAAUUGUCUACAUUUUCUCUUUUCUAAUGUUAAGAUUGAUGAGGACAUUCAUUUUCCCCUUUGUACCUGCUUCCCAUACUCUCCAACCAGGGCUGAGUUCCCUAAAAAAAAAUCACAAAGUUAACAUUAUCUUCAGUGAGAGAGAGAGAGAGAGAGAGAGAGAGCACAGCGUGAUGCUCACUCCACCAUUCAGUCUUGAUCCUAAUAAAACGUAAUAAAACGCAGAUUAUUUAAUUCCAACAGACUAGCAGCGUCAUUGAACCCACUGUGACUCUGACCGGACAGUUAUUAAGCAUGAAUCAGUAAAAUGCUGUAAAUACAUCAUUCCGCUCCACACACACUCACGUAGCUGCUUAUGUUAAUGUUCGUGGUCUUUAUUUAUCCUCUGAGCUUCACAUGACCACAUGAGGGGAAAAACCUCCAGCUUGCGUGACCUUUCAUUUGAGAUGAGGGUCCUGAUGCACGGCUCUGGUCUCACAUGGACCUUUUGUUUGUUCAUAACACAGAACACAUCACGUUAAUAACGAACUCGUAAUCAAGGCCUAUAAAUCUGAUUUGAGCUGCUCGUAUCAACAAAGACCAUGUCUGUGUGUCUUGUUCAUGUCUGUGUGUCCUGAGUGUUGUCCUGAGUGUUGUCCAGUGUGUUGUCCAGUGUGUUGUCUUGGUCAUGACUCGUACAGCUUCCUGUCCUGUGAUGUAAAAAUCGGUCUCUGUUUGUCUGUGCUGUUGUGUACUUCCUGUUCCUGUUUCGCGCCUUCUCCUUCCCCCCCUCUGGAGCUUCUAAAGGACACAGGAUGCUUUAAAGGACUUUAAAUGAAGCCAGGUUCAAUAGUAAUGAAUCAUAUACCAGUGGAUGUGCGGAAUUCGCAGAAAAGACUGAAACACAAGCACUUCUCACCCGACAAUGUCUCAAUAAGGCUGACACGAAGAUUUGAUCAGUAACUAUGCUAUUUUUAAAUGUAUCUGUGUUAUUAUUAUUAUUAUUAUUAUUAUUAUUAUUAUUUAUGGUCUUAUUUUAAUUUACUUUGCCGUCACAAGAAACAUCACAGUUGGUAAACAAAUACUAUCUUAUUGAGAAUCUAAUUUAAAAGAGCAUAUAAAUAUAUAUCUAUCUGUGUAUCUAUUUAAAAAAGCUGAUACUGAUAUUUAAUCUUGGCAAAUAUUGCAGAUUCUCACAAACACACUGAAGGUCACGUUCAUUGUCGUCGUAGUUUCCCAUAACGUCCAGCUGUUAAACAGCAGCUCGCGCUCGGCUACAGAAUCACGUGAGUGUGUUACAGUGAAACGGCUCACAUUAAAUCAACCAUCUGUCUUUAAAAAAAAGAGUGAAAUACUUCACGUGGAGGAAAAGAUAAAGUGCAGGAUGUUCUGAUGAUCUCCUGAUUAACGCUUCUCCACCGCGAUGCCGCCGAGCUGCUUUUACACAACCGUCUGUGGAAUGUCUGAUGUCUGAAGAUGUGAAAUGCAGCAAAAAUAAACAAAAAUAAACAGAAAGCUGAUCUCUCACACA